UAUUUUUAAAAAGAGAAUCAGACACAGACAUGUGCUGGGGCUCACUUGCAGUGAGGAAACUCAGUGGAGAUUCGAGAGAGGAAGAAGCAGACUAGGUUUCCGGUUUUCUGGUUUGUUUGGUUGUUUUUUUUUUCUCUUCAAGCUGAACGGGCAAGUCACAGAUUUCACUGGGGAGGCUUCUGUUUCUUUCAAAAAUAACUCAGGAACUGCCAUGGGCCAAAAGGAAUGCAGUCACUCUGUAAACUUGCUCUUAGCAGGACCAUAUACAAAGAGUCAACAAGCUCAACAUGCCGGAGGAUCAGAGCUGAGAGUCAUUCUGGUGGGCAAAACAGGAACCGGCAAAAGUGCUACGGGGAACAGCAUCCUCGGGAAGGAAGCAUUUGCGUCCAGGCCGAGUGCCCAGUCCUUGACGAAGACUUGCAGUAAAAGUCGGGGAAGCUGGGGAGACAGAGAGAUGGUUGUCAUUGACACACCAGACAUGUUUUCUGGGAAGGACCCCUCUGAUUCCCUGUACAAAGAGGUACAUAAGUGCUACUUACUCUCCGCACCAGGACCCCACGUGCUGCUCCUGGUGACACAGCUGGGCCGAUUCACCACGGAGGACCAGCAGGCUGUGCAGAAGGUGAAGGAGAUCUUUGGAGAGGAUGCCAUGAGACACACAAUUGUCCUCUUCACCCACAAGGAAGACCUCAAGGGAGGCUCUUUGAUGGAUUACAUCCAUGGCUCAGAUAACAAAGCCCUAAGCGAGCUGGUGGCUGUGUGUGGGGGGCGAGUGUGUGCCUUUAGUAACCGUGCUAAAGGGAGCAAUCGGGAUGACCAGGUGAAGGAGCUAAUGGACUUGACUGAGAGCCUAGUGAUGGCGAAGAGGGGUGGCCACUACAGCAAUGGGCUGUACAGCCUAGUAACAGGGUCAGAAUGUGCAACUGUGCAGUCAGAGGAAAGAUUACAGGACUUCAAAGAGAGCUUUGUAAAGUACACGGAAAUUCAGAGACGUUCAGCCAUGACCAAAGCCCUAAUCCUAAUAGUGAUGUGUAUUCAGGUGUUUGUCAGAUUGCAAACUCUGUUAUUUCGUGUCUUGCACGGAAUGUGCAAUUUCUUUUACCGCUUACUGUUUACCAUGUGCCAUUUAUUCUGUAGCUUACUGUUAAUUAUACCCCAAAAAUUAAUGGUAAUUUUUAGAAAGACCAUUAGACGGGAAUGCAAGACUCCUAUAUUAUAGUUACAAUCAGUGGUUCUUUAUCCACUGUCAUUUAGUGGGUGAAUCACACACUGUGCCUCCCCUGUA